AUGGGCAAACACGGUCACCCUACGAUGCCCCGCUUGAUUCUGAUCCGACAUGGUGAGUGCACCUCGAGCCCGUAGCCCUUACGCGAUGGACACCGCUGACCGAGGCAUCGUGAUUCACCACAUCGCACUGGGGUGGUCUCUAUACAGGCGAGACCGAAUGGAGCCUCAACGGACGACACGUGAGCUCUCACAACAGCCCGCGCUUGUAUUUGGAAUAGUGUCGAAUCACCAUCACUCACACUGCGAUGCUGCCCUCUCAUGCGACGUGACAGACGGGCAAGACCGACAUCCCGCUCACCUCGAACGGGGAAGAGCUCGUGCGCUCGCUCGGUCAGCGCAUCGUCGGCAAGGGCAAGAUGCUCGAUCCGGAUCACAUCCAAGGCGUGUUGGUUUCGCCUCGUCAAAGGGCCCAGACGACUUUCAACCUAUUGUUUCGCGAGAAUCUGGACGAGGCCGACGUGCCCAAGUGCGAGACCGAGCAGGGUUCGUUCGAGUUCUCCGAGGCCCCAGACGCCGAAACUUCAACACCACCUGGUCCUUUGAGCGGUGUGCUUGAGCUGGGACACGGGGUGACGAUCGUUUCUUUGCGUCCACAUGCACAGACGUUCAAGAAUGGGACUAUGGCAAGUACGAAGGCUUGGUCAGCAAGGAGAUUCGCGAGCGGUACAAGGAGGACUGGGACAUCGUAAGUCGGCUCUCGACUAUCGCUUGUUCUCGCUCGAUGGCUUCCGCAGUUCCGCGGAGGAAGAGCACGUCGAUUGGACCACACUUUUUUACUCUUAACUUGCUCAACAUGUGUAUUCAAUUGGCACAGUGGGUCGAUGGGUGCGAGGGAGGCGAGUCGGCCGAAGAAAUGACGGCUCGGUGCGACCGAGUGAUUGCAAAGAUUGUCAACAUGACAAGGUGAGUCCUUUGACUCCAACAUGCAUUGAAACCUGCUCAAAUGCUCUUACGCACGCUGACCAAUCCUUGGAAUGCAAAUCGGACCUGUCAGAGAACAUCACGAGUCGGACGAGGAGCAUUGCUCGGGUAAAGGGGAUGUUGUCGUGGUAUCGCACGGGCACUUCACCCGUUGCCUGUUGUAAGUACAAGAGUUAAGCAUGAGGUCCCGCUCCAAGGCCGAGCUGAUACGGCACACUCUGCGUUUUUUGACUCGUUCGACGUCCAUUUUUGAAUCUCGGCAACUCUGAUCGGCCGCCCCUCAAAACAGAACUCGGUGGUGCGAACUGCCUCUGACGGAUGGACGGCGCUUCGUGGCCGAUACGGGAGCCAUCACCAUUUGCGGGUAUCAGCACGGGUCAUUUAAGGAGAGGUCAUUGCUGGGGAUGAACUUAUUUGGUGAGGUAUGA